AUGUCCAUACAACGGUUCAAAUCUAUAACCAGUUUUAUAAGAUUUGACGAUGAAAGAACUCGUGCUUCGCGACAGGAGGAAGAUAAGGCUGCGCCCAUACUUGACCUUUGGACGAUGCUAAAUACACAAUUGGAGGCAUUAUAUAAGCCAACAGCAAACGUAACUGUUGAUGAACAGUUAUUCCCAUUUAGAGGGCGUACGAAGUUUACACAGUAUAUACCCUCUAAGCCCGCCAAAUAUGGCAUAAAAAUAUUUUGGGCAUGUGAUGCCUCUAAUUCAUAUCCAUUGAAGGGUAUUUUAUACACUGGGAAGGAGCGCAAUCAGCCAAGAGAUGUGAAUCAAGGUCUGGCCAGACCUAAUGUGUACGGAAUAAGGUAUAUGAAACAUCCAUACCCAUAA